AUGAACUUCAGUGACGAGCUGCGGCAGCGUCUGAACGUGUGCGUGAAGUCCGAAUGGUGCAGCCGCGUGCUGCAGCGCCUGGCAGAGUCUCGAUCCAUCCAGUGCGCGACGGAUGAGGCCAAGCUCCGGCACCUGUUCGCGGCGUUCUUGUGCAGCGACAUGAACGUCGUUGGGUCGGGUGGCCUCCCAGCUGGGCUGCAGGAUAUGCACAUGGCCAUUCUGCAAGGUCGACAUGUUGUGCAGAUGGACGAGGCCGUGAACGUUGCGGCAAGUGCUAAAGAAAGGUUUGAUGAUGGAAGAGGUGUAUCUUGA